AUGGAUGAUGAAUACGAUUACCUCUUCAAAUUAGUUCUCAUUGGUGAUUCAGGUGUUGGUAAAUCUAACCUAUUGUCUAGAUUUACGACAAACGAAUUCAACUUGGAAUCAAAGAGUACUAUUGGCGUUGAGUUUGCAACUAAAAACUUAGAAAUAGAUAAUCAUACUGUCAAGGCUCAAAUUUGGGAUACAAGCGGACAAGAAAGAUACAGAGCUAUUACGGGAGCUUAUUAUCGUGGUGCAGUUGGCGCACUCUUAGUUUACGACAUCACUCGUCAAUCCUCUUUUCAGAAUGUUCAACAUUGGCUCAAGGAAUUAAGAGACCAUGCAGACCCAAACAUUGUGAUCAUGCUUGUGGGUAACAAGGUCGAUCUGAGCGAGUCCAGUCGACAGGUUCCUACAGAGGAUGGUGGAGCAUUAGCCGAGCAGGAAGGGUUCUUAUUUAUUGAAACAUCUGCUUUGGAUGCCACCAACGUCGACAAGGCCUUCGCUACCGUCUUUGAUACAAUCUAUUCUAAUUUACCCAAAAAGACCAACCAAGCUGCAGAUACCGCCAACCAACAGCCCACGGCUGGCGAACGUAUUCAGUUAAGACCUCCCAGUGUCCGAGGCUUAUCUUCUCGUGAGGAGAACUCACAACAAAAGAAGGAGAGCGGUGGAUGCUGUUAA